GAGAUUAACCAAAUGGAGACCUAUAAAGCCCCCUUGUAAUCCGCACAGUGCACACAAAUUCAGAGCAACAACUACUCCACCAACAACGUCUUUGCUCACACUCUCAGUGUGUUUUGGAGCCACACAAACAACAUUAAAGACAGCAGUUUAUGGCUGAGUAAAUUACCGUUUUUUGGAUUGAAAAGAACUUUUAAAGCAGAAAUACACCCUCACCAGGGACCUCACAGCAGUCUUCCUCAACAGCAGCAGCACUAAGGAGCAAAAAGGGAAAAUCAUGAAAAAGGGAAAGCAGGUCGACAAUGCCAACGAGCCUCCGAGCUAUCAGGAGGCGACAGCAGGCUAUGAAGAAAUGGAGGCUCAGUUUGCCUGGGAUGACAAGAACAUUAGGCGGACUUUUAUCAGGAAGGUUUACGCCAUUCUCAUGACUCAGCUGUUUGUGACAGUCGGCAUUGUUUGUCUCUUCACAUUUUGUGCACCUGUGAGGUUUUAUAUUCAGACUCAUCCCAGCUUAUACAUGGCAUCUUAUAUGAUGUUUUUCGCCACUUACAUCGCGCUGUCCUGCUGCGGAGACUUGAGGAGGCAGUUUCCCUGGAAUGUCAUUCUGUUGGUUCUCUUUACUCUGAGCAUGGCCUUCAUGAUGGGCUUUGUGUCAAGCUUUUACAACACCAAGUCAGUGAUACUGUGUCUGGGAAUCACUGCUAUAGUGUGCUUUUCUGUCACCCUCUUCAGCUUCCAGAGCAAGAUUGACGUCACAUCUUGCCAGGGUGUCCUGUUCUCUUUGUGCAUGGUCAUGCUUCUCUGUGCCAUCACCAUCUCCAUCGUGGUCCCUUUCGGAUAUGUCCCCUGGUUACAUGCCACCUAUGCUGUGAUAGGAGCCAUCCUCUUUACUCUGUUCUUGGCUUUCGACACCCAGCUGCUUUUAGGGAACAAGCGCUAUGCUAUAAGUCCAGAGGAAUAUAUUUUUGCAACCCUUAGUCUCUACCUGGACAUCAUCUACCUGUUCAGCUUCCUGCUGCAGAUUAUGGGAGGAGGCCGCGAGUGAAGAAUGCCUUCAGCUGCACUUUUUGAGCUCUUAACAAACCCAACAGCAAGCUGGGAUUUAUUCAGCACAAGAACAUGUCAGGGCUAUCUGGUUUUUGGAUCCAUUUCCUCUUUAAUUAUGUUGUCCCAUUUAAAGAAUCCUGCUGCUGGUUUUAUCUCUGUGCUCUCACCUGACUAAUACUGUUCUGUAUUUGUUUACUGCCUUCUGGUCGUCCUUGUUUAGAUAUUUGUGAGAUACUCUGGGGGUCCACUGUGACCCCACCAUCCUCUGGUGUGUGUUUAAAAAGUUACAAGGCCCAUUUGUGGAUAUAAGCGUUCAUAAACACAAUUGGAAAUGAACAGCAUCCUUUUCCUCAGUACUCUGUUUUAUCCAUCAGUGAGCCAAUGACAGAGAUUCAGGAAAUCUUCACUUUCAGGCUCAGCAGGGUUGAGUUAGUUUAAAACCUUUGUUUUGCUAGCAGUAUAUGAAUUAACUUUUAUACCAGUUUUUUAAUGCAUGUUAUUAUAGACAUUCAUAGAUAUAUUCAGUGUUUAAAGCGACAUUUUCGAUCUAGAUUUGUGACAAUGCGUGUAACCUGAGCUUGGGUAUUUAAAUGGUCUUAAAGUGAACAAACAUUUAAUCAGAAAGGGAAAAUGCAUUAGGUACAGUAAGGUAAAAACACACUGUACUUUUAAAUAACUAGAAGUCUGUUUAAACUGAUAUUAAGAAUUGAUUGUGGCCUUGAAGCAGUGACAGAAAUUUUUAACUAGUUGUCUGUGCAAUAGAAAGCUGUUGUGUCUAGCCAAUCAAAACGUGGAUUGCUAAUAUUCUUUUCAAAAGAUAAAAAAGCUCUGCAUGUUUAACUCUUUAAAGCCCAA